UGGAAAUUAACAAGUGAUAUCUAACAUCUUUUAGAAUCGAGGAUAUUGAAGCAGAAACCCCAAGAGAUGAGCAACUUGGUGCACAACAGAAGACAGAACUGAAUGAUGGCUCUGAAUUGGUGCAGACUGAGGGUAUGUUUAGUGUUGCUCCUAAAGAAGAAGGAGAAGAUGUUGUCGAAACUGCACCUAAAGAAGCAGCUACAGCUACUAUCUCAGACACACCUGCCACUGUCCUACCAUCUCAAGACCUAGAAGAAGAUGAUGUUAGUGCAACACCUACGACUGUAAAGCCACACGUAGAAGAUGAUCUGAACACUUCCCAUGACUCACAGAUAACAGUUGAGAAUGUGGCAUCAGAAAUUGAGGAAGCAGAAGAAGAGCAUAAGGAGGAAGACUCUGCAGUGCUGGUAGCCUCUGAAGAAGUUUUAGAGGGCCAUGAGGAAGCAGAAACGCUUAACAAAGUGGGAGAGGAAACUGAAAUUGAGGUCACUGAAGAAAAGGCAGAAGAAAGAGUUACACAACACGUAGUAAGUCUAUCAACACAUGCAACAACAGAGGGUGGUGAGGCUGGAAAAACAGGAAGUGCCGUUGUUAAGGCCAUAAAAAUUGUACAGAGUGAAACCCCCAGACGGAGAUCUCAGCGCCACAGAAAGCUAGAGGAGGAACUUACAGCCCAGGAUAGAGGGAGAGUUUUGAGAGCAAGGACUGUUAUGAGCACUGCCACGCCCAAACGCAAUUCUAAACGACAUAGCCAGAAAGUUAAUGAAGAAUCAGAGAAAGAGGUUGAUGUGGCAGAGGAAAAUAAUGUUUCUACAACUGAAGUAGUGGAGGAAUUAGCUGUAACUGGGGGGGAAGAACUAAAAGAAAUUGCUUCCAUAAAAGAGGAUGUAACUACUGUGGAAGAAUUAAGAGAGGAAGUAAAGCAACAGGUGGAAGAUGAAGAACUGACAAGUGCAGAGGAGCCAGAGAAACAAGAGGAGCCUGGGGUGAAAGACACUGUAGUGAAGGGGAGUUCUACAGAGCUGCCAGAUACAGCAGAGUCUGCUCUUACAGAGGUAAAUGUGGAUGAAAAAGUAACAGAUGAAUCUGAGAAAGAACAAAAGGGUGAGAAGGUAGAAAAAUCUGUGGUAGAGGAUAAACAACAGGUCUCUGAUGAUGAGAUAGAGGAGCCUCCUGUUGUACAGAAGAGAGCUUCAAGAGGCAGACGUAGAGUUACUCCUAAAUCCACACAACAAAGCGAUGGACAUCAGAAACAAGAGGAAGAGCGUACAGAUGAAGCUGACCUGGGAGCAGGAAGUGCUGCUAGUAAAGAGAAAUCAGAUGAAAAAGCAAUGGACAAACAGAUGGAGGAGGAGACUGUUGACAAAACAGAAGAAAAUAAAUCCAGUGAGGAAUUAACUGUGGAAGAAGGUACAAAGGCAGAGGAACCAGCAGAGGAUGUUACACCUACAACUGAGGUGAACAUGGAGGAGUGCAUGGAAGUCCAAGAAGACAAAGAGACUGAAGGAGGGACAGACACUGUAUCAGUGAUUGAUGCAGAUAAGGACAAAGAGGAAGAUGACAUGAUACAAGACCCUAACACUGUUGCUGCUGCUUCAGAAACAGUAACUCCUGAUGAAGUAGAUGAGACUGCCAUAUCAGUAGCUGAAGAGCCUCAGGAAAAGGACAUUGAAAUCCCCAAGCUCCAGAAAGCCACCGUCAUCUUAGUGGACCUAAAGACCAGCAGUCAUCUAAGUGUGAAGGAUGCAGAAGAAACACCAGCUGAUGGAGAGUGUUCUGCUCCAGAAAAAGAGCUGAUAUCAGCUGAAGAGAAGGACAUUUCUAGUUGUGUUGCAGAGGAACAAGCACCAGAGGCAAAAAUGCUGGUGUUGGAGGAGGAAGAUGGGGGGAAACAGGAAAACAAUACAGAAGAAACUUUAGAUGCAACUGCAGAGGCAGAGACUGUUGAGAAGCAAGAGCUUCAAGAAGACAGUUCUGAUAAAGAAAAGAAAGAAUCUGCCAAUGUGGAUGGGGAAAUGAGUGAAGCAGAGGAAGCACCAUUUGUUGAAGCAAGAGUUCUCAGAAGUGGAAGAAAGUUGGUGAAAGCAACCUAUCAACAGCAGGAGAUAGAUAAUAUUGGUGAUGUUGUUACUGAAAAGCAGGUGGAUGAAGCUAACACAGGCAAUGGUGAGGUAGAAGGAGAGAAAGAAGUUACAGGCAAGGAUGCUGUCGGAGUAACAGUUCCAGUGGAGGAGAAACCUUCUGCAGAGAGUCUCUCAAAAAUAUGUGCAGAUACAGAGCCAGUCAUUCCAGUAGUAGAUGACACUGAAGAGAACCUUCCACCAGCCGAGGUAGAUGACGCAAUAAGCUUUGAGGAGGACGAAACACCAGGUGGAACAAGAUGCAAAACAACAAGAAAGCAAACAGAUGAACAAGAAGCAGAAUCCAGUGAAGAAGAAGAUGAGGGGAAAGCCCCAGAGGAGGAUCAAAUGGAGGUGGAGAAGGAGGAACCCCUUCCUGUAGAAGUUAAAGAAGCAUCUAUAGAAGAGAGAGGGGGAAAAAAUGAGGGAGAGAUAGAAGCUGUUUCUGAAAAAGAAGAAUGUUUAGAGCAGAAUAUAGAUGUCGGAGAAGGGAAAGCUGCGGCAGAGGAAGGACAAUAUAUAGAGGAAGAGCAGUUAGAAGCCAUAGUGGCAUCUGCAGAAAAGACUCUCCAGGAAGAGGAAGAUGGACCAAAGGAAUCAGCUAAAGAAGCAGAGGUAGAAGAAGAAAAAGAAGAAGAAGAAAAAGAAGAAGAAGGGCUGGGGUCAGCCAAAGAGCCUCUAACAGAAGUGGAUGAGGCCCCAGAGGAGGAUAAAACAGAGGUAGAGAAGGAGGAACUUGUUCCUGUAGAAGUGGAAAAAGGAGUAUCAGAAGAAGAAACAAUGACUCAAGAGGAAGAGAACACAGCUGGAGUGGCAGCUGCUGCAGAUGACUUAGUACAAGAAGGAGAUAUGGACACACCAUCAACCAAACCUGCCACUGACUCAGCUAUACUUACACCCAGUGAAGAGGAGCCAACACCUUCAGCAGAGGAGCAACACAGUGAGGAAAUUUUACCCAAGCUUACUGAUCUCCAAAGAGUGUCUGUGGUUUUAGUAGACCUGAAAAAAACUAACCAUGAAGAAAUGGCAACUGUCGAGGAGGGGGUUCCUGGAGAAAAGACGGCUGCUGAGGAAGAAGAGAAGAUGGAAGAAACUACAAAAGUGGAAGAAAUAAUAGCAGAGGAGCAAGUUCCAGGUUCCCCUGUUGGAAUAGAAAAAACUGAGCCAGAGAAGGUGGUAGUAGAGGAGGAAGGGUUUGAGGAGAAAGCGGAAGAUGCAGUCGCAAUACAAGAUACAGCUGAUGAGACAGCUAAACAAGAUGAGGCUAAAACUGUUGAUGCUGAUGAUGAAGAGGAGGAACCUACAGUUGCCGAAAUCAGAACACUGAGAGGCAAAAAGAAGGCAGUCAAAGCAACACCAACACGCAAAUUAGCACGAGGCAGACAGAAAAAGGGUGCGGAAGAAAAGGAGAAAACUACAGAAAUUAGAGAAGAGGAACCAGCAGUUGAAGUCAGAGUUCUGAGGAGGGGAAGGAAGUCUAUCCCUGUCACACCAAGAUGUACAAUGAAAAGAACACACAAGCAUAUCCAGGAAGAGCAGGAGGAAGAAGAAGAGGAAGAGGGAGGAGAGGAAUCUGCAGCAGUUGAGAGAGAGGCAGAGGAAGAAGAGGAACAGCAGACGAUUGAUAAGGAGGAGGGGGAUAGAGUUGAAGUAAAGGAUGCAACUCAACAGGCAGAAAAUACAGAACCAGAGAAAGUGGAUCCUGUGGCAGAAGAGGGACAGACCAGCAGUACUGAUGCAGAGGCUCCAGUUGGUGCUGAUGAGGGAAAGACCUUGGAUGAUGCUGCCGAGGAAGCAGUCACAAUGCAAGAUACCGUGGAGGGGGAACAGUCAACCUCCAUAGCUGAACCGGCACCGUUGACCGCAAAGGAUGAUGAGGCAGAAGGUGUUUCUGAGGAGGAACCACCAGUUAUUGAACCAAGAGUUCUGAGAAGUGGUGAAGAGACAGUUAAAGCCACGGCAAGAAGCAAAACCACAAAAAGAGAUGAGCAAGAUAAAGAGGCAACUGAAGAGAAAAGCACAGAAGGAGAAGAAUCAGCGGUAGGAACAAGAGUUCUGAGGAAGGGAAGGAGGUCUGCUCCUGCCACACCUAGACGUAAAUCUAGAAGAGCCCGCACACAGUGUCAGCCAGAGGAAGAGAGAGAAGAAGAGACUACCCCUGCUGAAGAGACUGAAGGAGAGGAAGAACAGGCAGGGCAGGAAUUGCAUGAGGAGAAAUGUGAGAUGGCUGAGGAAGAAGGAAAGAGUGUGGAAAUGGGGUUAAAGGAAGACAAAGAUGUGGAAAAGGAAGAAGUAGAUUGUGUGGCAGGGAAAGAAUCCACUCCAGCUGAAGAGAUGCAAGCAGAGGAAGUCGAAGCAGCGCUGGAAAAAUCUACAGAAAAAGAGGACAACAAAGAUGAGAAGAUUGAGGAGGAAGCUGCUGCUCAGAAAGAAGAAAACACGGAGCCAGAAGAAGAUAAUGAGCAAGAGGAAGAGGCAGCUGGAGAGAGAAGCACAGAAGAUGAAGUAGCAGUAGAAACAAGAGUUCUGAGGAAGAGAAGGAGGUUUGCUCCUGCCACACCUAAGCGUAAAUCCAAAAGAGCCCGGAGACAGUGUCAGACAGAGGACGAUGGAGAAAAGGAAGCAACUCUGGCUGAAGACAUACAAAUAGAGGAAUCUAAAACUGAUGAGGAAAAAGACAACAGUGAUGAGAAAACACAAGAAAAGGAUGGGGAGGAACCUGUAGCCAAUGAAGAAGACAACACAGAGACAAAAGUUGAGAUUAAAAAAGUAAAAGCUGUGCUAGAGGAAUCACUUCCAGAGCAAGAGACAGCUGAAGAGGAACAGCCUGCUGAGACACAUGCACAUGGACAGGAAGAGACUCUUGUUGUGGAAGGUGCUGAAGAGACUCCUAAUAUAGAUGGGGGAAAGGUUACUGAUGAGGAAGAAACAUCAGUUGUUGAAACAAGAGUUCUUAGGAGUGGCAGGAAGGCAGUGAAAGCCACACAGAGAUCCAAGACUGCAAAAAACCAACACGAAGAAACUGAACAAGAAGGGACAGUGGUGGAAAAGAGUGCUGAUACAGGUACAGAACUGGCAAUAGAAACACGGGUUCUGAAGAAGGGGAGGAGGUCUUCUCCUGCCACACCUAGACGUAAAUCUAAAAAAGCCCACACACAAUGUCAGCCAGAGGAAGAGGGAGAAGAGACUACUCCUGCUGAAGAGACUGAAGGGGAGGAAGAAGAGGCAGGGCAUGAACUGCCUGAGGUGAAAGGGGAGAAGGCUGAGGAAGAGGGAACAAGUAUGGAAGUGGGGGUAAAGAAAGACAAAGAUGUUGAAGAGGACAAAGUUCAAAGUGUGGCAGGGGGAGAAUCUGCAGAACAAAUAACAGAUACCUUGACAAAUGAAACAGCUGUGCUGGAAAAAGAGGACAACAACAUGGCAGCUGGGGAUGAGACCGGUACUGACAUGGUUGACGUAGAAGAGAUAAAGUCAGCCAAGGAAGAGGAAACCACAGUAACAGAAAAAUCUACUGCAGCUGCAGAAAUGGGAUCUCACACUGCCAUUGUUGAAGGAGAGGCACUAGCUGCAGAUGAAUCUGUGGUGGCAGAGGAACAAGCUCUAGCUGUAACAACAAGAACACUCAAGAGCAAAACAAAAACUUCACUCGCCACAUCUUUACAAAGAUCCAGGAAACAGAAAGGCCAAGGAGCAGUGGAGCAGGAAGAGCAGGAAGAGGAAACCACUGAGGAUGAGGAAACAGAAGAAGUGCAUCAAUUUUCUGAAGAUUCUCCUGAAAACAGAGAGCAAACUGAUGAAAUAUUACCUACUGGACAAGAGGCAGGGCCUCCAGCUGAAGAUAAUGCAGAGGACCAGGCUAAGGUAAUAGCUGACGACAGAUUGGUCGAGUCAGCUGGUGAAGAACCAGAAACAGAAGAAAUGGAAUCAUUGGAGGAAGACCCAUCAGAAAGUCAAGAAGAUAAACCUCAGGAUUCCUCAGAGGGCGAAAGCAGAAGUCUCAGAGGGAAGCGGAAAACUGUUGCGGACAAAGAAGAAGACAAAGUAGAAGAAAUCCAACUUCCAAAACGAAGAUCUGUACGGAAAAGACCAAGAGUGGAUUACAAGGAAAAUGAUGAAGAGGAUGAGGGAGGUGAGACUGAAGCAGCCACUGACAAGGAGGAAGAGAAUACAGUGGAAUCAGAUAAGGACAACGACGACAAGGAAGCUGAAGGUCCUGCUGAUGAACCGAAGCUGGAGAAAAGCAGCAGAGAAGAUAACUUACAGAACAAUGUGGGAGCUGUUGAGAGUACUAGUGAAAAGGGAGACAUCAUAAAUUUAGGACUGGAUACAGAUGAAGAGGUAGAGACAGCAGGUAUAAAUCAAGAGGACGAGGAAGAUGAGGAGAGUAUGUCAGAGGAAGAGGAGCCUCAAGUGAUUGGAAAGAGGGUUUUAAGAGGAAGGUCAAUUCCUUCAAUAAUAAUCACACCCCACACCAAAUCCAGACGCUGCAGCGCUAAAGUUAAAAAUGCAGAGGAGUCUUUGUUCGAUGAAGAAAAGAGCCCUCAAUCAUCUCAAAAGAGAAGCCUCCGCAAGAGAAAAAGCACCGAGGUAACACCAACUCGCAAAUCUAAGCGUCACAGCAGAGUUUAGGAUGUUAUGGAUAUGAAUGGCAUUGGCACACAAAAGUAGUGUGUAGUCACAAAACUAGGAAAAUGCAAAAAUAAACAAACAUCCUUUUAUAUAAUGAAUGUUUUAAUGCAACAAAUUUUAAUGCAUCAGAACAUUUCUUCUCCUGAUUACAAUGAGAUUAAGUGAUAUUCUAUGAGAGCACUGGAUGGGGCCCAGCCGGGUGGGGGCACAGAAACACAAAAAGUCAUGGCUCAACUCCACACUGCUUAGGCCAACCAAAUAUAUGCAAGCACACAUUCCUUAUUAGCUUGUUGAGAUCGGAAGUCUGCACACAAAUACAUAUACACAUGAACUUUUGACUUAAAAAGCCAUAAUAGACCUUUUUUACAGCAGCCAUUUUGACAUAAUAUAGUAUGGUAAACACAAGUGGUGCCAUUGAUACUAUCGUAAUCAAGGUUCCAUUCUAUUCAGGUCAAACAUAGUCAGGGUGCUGCUGGUGGCUCACUGGAAAGGCUUUGCUAGACUAAAUGGAACAGAGCC